AUGAAGGACGACGACGACUCAUCCGCUACAGUCCCGCUUCUGCAUUUACCACCAGAGCUCCGCAUUGCGAUCCUCGAGUUCGUGCUCAUCCACGACAUCGACCAUUUCGCCGAGACUGCUCAACUCCCCGCUCUGCUAUCGGUCAACCAUCAGCUCCGCAACGAACAUUCACCCGUCUUCUAUGCAACGCCACUCAUCACCAUAGAUGUCUACUAUAACGCAUCAGACUCCUGGUGCGAGGUGCGCGACACGACUGCGAAGCGAGUGAUACUCGAGCGCAGUCUGUUCGUGGACCUCACCGACUUCUGGAGCCUGGCAAGUGCACGGAGGCAGUGCCAGCAAGUUACGUUCUCGCAUGGCGGGGAAGUACAGAAGGGCAUUGUGACGGUGAGGACGAAUGCGGGGUUUAGGCGGUGGCAGUGGAGUAUGGAGCUUUAA